UCGUUUUUCGAUAGUGAUCUGGGAUUUGUAAAUAUAUUAUUUGGUAGUUUGUUGGAUAAAUAUGAGAGAACAAGUCUUAUCUGUAACUGUAACCCCCACUUGCCCCAUACUCUGCUUGCUCAACCAAUUCCAAGUUUUUCCGAUCAGGUAAAAUGCAAGGAGGAAUUCGGGCAUUCCUAUCGAGUGGGAAUAUCCUUAAGAAUGCAGUUCUACAACGCGUCCGUUUGGUGAAUCCAGUCAUGCAACCUCUUAUGUUCUCUCGCUAUGAGUCGACUUCUUCUGCUCUCAUGGAAGAGCAUGGUUUUGAAAGCACUACGAUUUCAGACGUUAUUAAAUCCAAAGGGAAAAGUGCAGAUGGCUCCUGGCUUUGGUGCACUACAGAGGACACUGUUUACGAUGCUGUGAAAUCGAUGACACAACACAAUGUUGGUGCCUUGGUGGUCGUGAAACCUGGGGAGGAAAAAUCAAUCGCCGGGAUUAUCACAGAGAGAGAUUAUCUCAGGAAGAUCAUAGUCCAGGGAAGAUCAUCCAAGUCAACCAAGGUUGGGGACAUUAUGACUGAGGAGAACAAGCUUAUCACAGUCACACCCAGCACCAAAGUUUUGAAGGCAAUGCAAUUAAUGACAGAUAACCGCAUCAGGCACAUUCCAGUGAUUCAUGACAAGACAAUGAUAGGCAUGGUGUCCAUUGGAGAUGUGGUUCGUGCUGUGGUGAAUGAGCACCGAGAUGAGUUAAACCGCUUGAAUGCAUAUAUACAAGGGGGUUACUAGAUGAUGACGACAAUGGCAAUAACUGUUGAUCAGUUGACUGGUACCUUGUUUGAACACUACUUAGCUGAGUGCUUGUAAAUAUGCAUGCUGUUCGCAUCUGCUACAUAAUGCUAUGUCCUCCAGGAUGCUGAUAUGUAUCAGUACAUGAACUGAGAGGUUGAUAAUAAGCACUAUGAAACCACAUGAAACUUAUUUCUUCGUACUUUGGUUUAUUGUGUUGGGUAACUCGGAAGUUAUUGGUAACCUUUUAUUGAAUGCUGGUGUGAUGAAAUACAUUUGUACUUUAUUAUUAUUAUUAUUAUUAUGGUGGUCAGACCUCUUCGAACA